AUGGAUGAGUUCCGUCUGAGGGCCUAUGAGAGAGCUGAACUGUAUAAGGAGAGGAUGAAGCUAUAUCAUGACAAGCAUAUUGAUAAAAAAAGCUUUACUCCUGGUGACUUGGUGUUACUUUUUAACUCCAGAUUACGUCUAUUUCCAGGAAAACUGAAGUCUAAAUGGUCUGGACCCUUUAAAGUCACACAGGUUUUUCAAUCUGGUGCUAUUGAAUUGGAAAAUGAGAAAGGCGAGAGGUUCAAAGCUAAUGGUCAGCGAAUCAAGGCGUAUUUGGGUGCUCAUGAAGAUGUGAAAAUUGUGGAGGAAUGCAAACUUGAUGAAGUCUGA